GCACCAAGCCUCAAAUUGACAUGUCAUGACAAGGCAGAAGGACCGGUUUUGUCGAAAGCUACAGUAUUUUACUGGUUCAACGCUGCACCACAGAUAAUAGGAUGACGUUAUAUGGCGUAAAUGAGAGCUACAGCUUGAGCUAGCUAGCUAUAUGUACCUGCAAGUUCAGCGAACUAGCAGCUAGCUAACCUUAGCUAGUUAGCCUGCCAAGGAAAGCAAUGGCUUGAUUACAGCAUUUAGCUCUAGCAAACAACAGAUAUCUAGCUGCUAGGUAUUAGGUGCUGAUUGCAAACGUGGAUUUAGCACGUAUUUCAACAUUUAUAUGACUUGUAUAAAUUUACAUUUCAUCUUUCGUCGAGCAAACCCCCAAAACACAGCGGGCCACAAAUGGAACCAGGGAGUUCGCGUGAAAGUCCAUCCGGCUCUGGGGGUCCCGAAGUGGCGGGCCUACGUGAGGAGACCCCCGGCGAAGAGGCUGAGGAUGGGGACAACUGUAUCCUGAAAGGAGGAGGAGACGGAGGCAACGAAAACACUCUGGACAGGAUGAAAGCAGAAUGUAAGGAUGAUGCUGUUACUGGGAAAAAGAUUGAGGAUACUGAUGAAGACAAAUUUGAAGAGGAAUUGGACCCUAGAAUUCAGGAGGAGCUUGAGCACCUAAAUCAGGCCAGUGAUGAGAUCAACAAGCUGGAACUGCAACUGGAUGAUGCUCGGUCCAGCUACAGGAGGAUCCUCACUGACUCAGCCAGGAAGCUCAAUGCUCAGGGCUCCCAGCUAGGCACCUGCAUCGAGAAGGCCAGGCCCUACUACGAAGCACGCAGACUAACCAAAGAGGCCCAGCAGGAAACUCAGAAGGCAGCGUUGCGGUACGAGAGAGCCGUCUCCAUGCAUACGGCUGCCAGAGAGAUGGUGUACGUGGCAGAGCAGGGGCUCCUGGCAGACAGGAACACUCUGGACCCCACCUGGCAGGAGAUGCUCAACCACGCCACCUCCAAGGUGAACGAGGCAGAGGAGGAGCGGCUGCGGAGCGAGAGGGAGCACCAGCGGGUCACUCAGCUGUGCCAGGAGGCAGAGCAACGUGUCCAGACCCUCCAGAAAUCCCUGAAGAGGGUCAUCGUCAAGUCCAAACCUUACUUUGAGCUCAAGGCUCAGUUCAACCACAUACUAGAGGAGCACAAGGCGAAUGUGGUGCAGCUGGAAGAACGUGUCGCAAAGGUGAAGAUGCGCUACUCUGUCGCCCUGCGCAACCUGGAGCAAAUCAGCGAGCAAAUCCAUGCUCAGAGGGGGCGUGUCCGAGCCACCAGGGCCCACCUCGUAGCCUGCGGUGGGCGGAGCUCCCCAGUGGGGGCGGAGGCUGAGGUCAAAGCUGCGGUCGGGGUUCAGGUUGGAGGAGCCUGUGGCGGAGGAGGCGGCUUGGAUGAGAAGGACUGGGCUGAUGGAGAGAAGACCAGGCAGUGGGUGGAGAGACACAGAGAGCAGGGCUGGGGUCACAGGGAGAGGGGGGAAGCAGGGUCAGACUCCAUGUCUGACAUGAGCCUCCAGACCAUCGCUUCGGAUCUGGAGAAGUGUGACUCGGUGGGGCACCUGGGGGAUCUGAGUGACGUGAGCAGCCUGAUGGGAGAGGACUGGGAGAGGGAGAGGGACCAGUCCUUUAUGGCUGAGAACAGAGACCGAGACGGGAACCCUAGGGCAGAGGAGAGAGUUGUGAGGGACGUGAGCAGCCUGAUGGGAAAGGAGAGGGAGAGGGAGAUGUCCUUGAUAGCUGAGAUCCGAGACGGGAACCCUAGGGCAGAGGAGAGAGUUGUGAGGGACGUGAGCAGCCUGAUGGGAAAGGAGAAGGAGAGGGAGAUGUCCUUGAUAGCUGAGAUCCGAGACAGGAACCCCAGGGCAGAGGAGAGAGUUGUGAGGGACGUGAGCAGCCUGAUGGGAAAGGAGAGGGAGAGGGAGAUGUCCUUGAUAGCUGAGAUCCGAGACGGGAACCCAGGGCAGAGGAGAGAGUUGUGAGGGACGUGAGCAGCCUGAUGGGAAAGGAGAAGGAGAGGGAGAUGUCCUUGAUAGCUGAGAUCCGAGACGGGAACCCCAGGGCAGAGGAGAGAGUUCUGAGGGACGUUGUCAUCCCCACUCCAAGGCAGGAUAGAUUGGAGGAGGUGAGGGGGGCGAUACGGAGAGAGAGACAGGAGAGCUUUGUCAAGCAGCACCACAGAAGUGUGAGUUUGUGAGUCCAGAAUAAUAGAAUGGGCUGGUGAGUGAUGAUGAUGAUGAUGAUGAGUGAUCGAAUAAGGGAAUGAGAUCAGAAGGUCAACAUCAUAGAAAAGACAUGGAGACUGUAGAAGCACCCUAUUCCCUAUAUAGUGCACUACAUUUGACCAGAGCCCCCGUAGGUAAUGGGGUGUCAUUUGUGACGCUGCCUGCAUCCUUGUGAGGCUGCCUGCAUCCUUGUGAGGCUGCCUGCAUCCUUGUGAGGCUGCCUGCAUCCUUGUGAGGCUGCCUGCAUCCUUGUGAGGCUGCCUGCAUCCUUGUGAGCUGCCUGCAUCC